AUGCAGCCCCCAAACGCGUCAUUGGAGGGGGCGGAUCAAGUUGGGAGUGGUGGAAGUUUGCAUGAGACGCAGGCUUGGGAGCCGUUCUUGGGUGGAAGCUUAGAGUUAGGUUUCUUUCCCGAGAGAGUCAAAAGUUCCGGAUCGAUGAAAAGUCCGGCUCCUCAUAUUGAAGUGGGUUCUGGCGUUGAGUCUGGCGAAAAGAUCGAGGAAGGUGUUGGAGUUGGGGAUAGAGAGAUUGAAGCAACGACACCGAAGCAAUUCAGUUACUUCAGUGGAACUACAGUUGAGUAUACGCCGGGGGUGUAUAGAGAACUAUUUGCCAAGGGCGUGACGGGCGAUGGUGGUGAAGAGGAAAAAGCCAGAGGGGAAGAGGGGGGAUGGGGUGAAAGAAAGGGGCUGAUGGAGGGGUUUGAUUCGAGUUCUCCGCCGCCUUUUUCUACAUUGCCUGGGUUGAGUAUGCAUCCGAUUAAACAGUUUACGCAGCCUACUCAAGGGACUCAGCCUGGAACUCAGUUUCCUACCCAACCUGAGGACGGUCGGGAAACUAGUGGUGAGGGCGAGAGUCAGUAUCAAGACCAGGACCAAAGACAGGAGGGAGAUGGAGAGCUAUCACCUAGUCUGCAACCUGGAUCUGGCAACAGGAGAGGCUGGGAAGGAAAUUCUGGGCGGAUCGAAAUUCCUGAUAGCGACGGGUUUGAAAUCGAGGAGGAGCAAGUUCAACCUGGGACCCCGGCUGGAGAUGGGAACGAGGGCGACGAGAAGGUUCUUGACACGCCCUUUGUGAAGUUGUUUGCUGCUUCUGUGGAUGAGAGAAAUGUUGUUAAGAACGAUCAAGACGAGGAUGUUGUUGAGAGCACGCUCCUUACUGUGCACUUAAAGGAAACCGCAAACGAGAAUAUGGGCGAGAGUCAAAGAUCGGUUGGAUCGGCUUUUGCGGACAUGAGUGACCAAGCACCAAAGGAGACGUCGCAGAUCUUAUUGGAAAGUCGAGAACCAGUCAUAUCAACCUUUUCAGACUUGGGUGAUCAAGAAUUAGAGAUGACGCCGCAGAAUUUAGAAGCUACAAACACUACCGAUUCAAGAGAGGAUGCUUCAGAGACUCUAAGAGCCACCCAAGAAACAAUCAUUUCAACCUUCUCGGACUUGAGCGGACAAGGUCCGGAAGUAGUACCACAAACUCUGGAAGGUGUGCAAACUGCUGAUUCCUCGAAGGAUGGGCUAUCAGUGAUUGUUUGUGACACAUUUAUCCUCUCUCCAGAUCAGCAGCACGACAAUGAUUUGGGAGUCUCUACUUCGGAAGCAGAAUUUGAAUCAACCCAAGUGGAUGAAGCACCUGCUUCCAACGUAGAGCAUUUGUAUACACCAAUAGCCGAGAACGUAGCUAUGAAAGAAGAACUACACAACCAGGGAAAUGUAGUGGCUACACCCGAAAGCCCAAGAGAUGAUAACUUCGCGAUCGAUCCCUCUAUCACUCUGCAACUACCCAUUACCAUGUCUUUAUCUGAUGAGGAUAUUCCUUCCAAAGAAUCAUCCAAUGAGACGGAAAAUUAUAUGCAUAUCACGAAUACAGAGGCCGCGAAUACCGAGGCGGAGAAAGCAAGCAGUGAGAACCAUAGUUCCGCUGAUACCGACCCACAAAACAACGACGCCAUCUCCAAACAACCAGAAAUUGAAUCAAGAAAAUUGAGCUCUGGGACCACUGACAUGGAGCCUUCAAGUGGUGAAAUCAGUGUGCCAGGUACAAUGCUUCCGCCUCAAGGACCUCUUUCUUCCACGGAUAAAGAGGCUACAGCAGGUGAAGACGAAGGCGAUACGGGCGGAAAAAUAGAGCUGCAAGUACAUGAAACUCAGAGUACGCCUCCGGCUGCUACACCUUUAUCACGGGAAAACGUGGGUUUGCAAAACCCGCCAGCCAGAUUGGAAGAUAUGAAAGUUGAAGCGAGUAUGGCAGAACAUCAGAUGCUGAAGGCUAGUAUCACUCUUCCUGAUGCCACUCUCCAGCCAAAUGAAAUCGCUGUCCUCGAAGGCCUAGGAAUGGAUGGUGGGGUUGAACUAAUUGAGGAAAUUGAUAACCUGGAAGGUACUACAAAUACUUGGGGCGACAAAUCUAUAGGCCUCUCGCAAGAAGAAAAUCUUGUAAAUGGAGAAGCAGAAGCUGAGAGAAGCGACGAUUUGCCUGUGUUGGUUCAAGGUGUCGGAAUGCAUGAGAAUGAACCUACCCUGCCAACUAGAAUAUCGCAGAGCGAGAACAUUCUCGAUGAUACAAGAUCCCGCUUGGCAGAUAAUGUAUCACAUACAACAAGAAGAACAGAGAUACCAGACAGUGACAUUAGUCUCGAGUAUGAAGAUGAAGAUUCCAUCGUUGAAGAUCAGAAUCUCGCAGCUAGGGGAGCUGGGGAUGGUGUUGCUGGGAAGGUUGAGAUGAAUGAUGCUGAUAAGGUUAUGGAAGAAUCUGUCGAUGUUGCAACAAUUCUUCACGAGCUUGAGAAUGAUGGCCACAAUGACCAAGCUAUCAACUCGAGUGCAGUAGCCGUUGUAGAUGUCCCGUCUUUUGCCGAUGUACCUGCCGUGGAACUAAAUGCAGAAAGUUCUACAACACCACCACUUCCCAAAACAACCAACAAACUUCUUUUACCAGAUUCGAAAAGGGCUAACGAUGUGUUCGAGAAUAAAGAGUCAACUGGCAAGAUCAUCGACGUGAUUUCUCCGGUACCUAUCCUCCCAGAUGAAGCCACAGGUGUUCAGCUGCCAACAGAGAGUCAUGCCCAUUCUGAUGAGGAAUCGAUACAACCUGCCAGCCUUAUACCACUAGAAAGUAUGGAUACCAAAAAUGACGAACGGGAGGUAAAGUCCGAAAAUGCUACUCUGCCACCCAUAUCUUUAGAAGCCGAGGAAAAGAAAACUUUCCUACCAACAAACAAGAUCUUCGAACCAGGAACCACCAAACUCCAAGUUCAAGAUUUGGAGUCCGUAAAAGCACGUCCCAACCAAGGACAGAGGGAAAAUCAAACAACGUGCAAAGUAGUCGUUAUACCAGCGAGUUCCGAAUCGCAGUUUAAUGAUAGCCCUUCAUCUUCAUCUUCCAGUAGCAAUAGUAUACAACAGCCAAGUACAGUGGUUGACAUCCCUCCUCUCGCGCCUCCUCCUCCCAAAGCUGCAGGGAGCAAGAAACGCAGUUCUCUCGAAGUUGAGGAGGUUCCGUCGCCGUCGAAGGCGGAUAUACUCUCCUCCCCCCCUUUGAAGAAGCAGAGGGUUGAGAAUGCGAGUCCUGUGAAGAAUCGAGAGGACGAGGAGAAAUCACCGGUCAAGGAUAAAGAUGAGGUAUUGAUGGAUGAAUUGAGAGCUAUGAAAAUCGUUUGUUACCCCCUUUUUUUAAGGACUUGAUACCCAUGUUUUCACAGGCUCAUAUGAAAACAGGCAUCAAUACAAUCGCGUAAUACGAACCUUGAGCUGGAGAUUCAGCGUGUGAGGGAACGGCUUGAUUCUGUCAAGAAGGAAUUAAAGUAGGUCCUCAACUUCCUUUCACUUAACCUCGCUCUUCCUCUCCUCCCCCAUCUUGACCUUAUAUACUACCACACAGGAAAACAUGAACUGAUGAAAUGUAACAGAAAUCCAGCAGCCGAAACAGUGAAGCAACACAUCCAUCUUCUGCAUCAGUACAAUGAUAUCCGAGAUGUUGGGCAGGGGCUCAUUGGAAUGAUUGCCGAGCAUCGAGGGACGAGGAUUGGAGAGUUGUAUGAUGAGUUUGGGGUUGGGUUGAAGGAUUGAUCGGAUGAUUUGGCUGGAUUUUUCAUUUGGCUGUUGCGUUAUGGCACAUUUAUGGCGUAUGGUAAGAAGGUGGAGUCAUACGGAGAUACCCAUUUGCUUUCUCGUUUUUGCUUGUUUAGGAGAGGGGUCAUUUGCUGAAAAGUGAGAUAGGGGUCUAGGUUAUGGAUCAUGGGAAUUCAGUCUAGAAAAGUAGGAAUGAAGCAGAU